CCGGCUCCCAAUUCCAUUCCCCAUGCCCAACCCUUCCCAUGAUACCGACUCAGCAACAAGAAAGCAAGGCAACCUGCUUGUGCUGCUAUAACCUCCUCCGUUUUCCUGCUAGUGUAUCUUGCUUUCGCUGCACCGUCUGUGACUGUGUAACGGAUCUGACACCUCUUCCACUUGCACAGGGGGCGUCUUCUGCAGCACCACUGACGCUUCAAAGUGCUCAAACCUUAUUCAACGAUGUCAAAACUGAUGAGGCUCAUGCGGAGAUUGUCAUCCACGACUGCUUUUCAAAAUAUUAUGCGCUGAACGAAAGCUUCUCGAAUUAUUCAGAAGCUAAUCUGGACACACCAGGUGUGGCACUGACUGACGUUCGAGAAGCAUAUCGCUUGAUAAUGUUACAAGGACCCAAGCUGCAAAGGGCCAUGAUGGUUGGCAUUGAUAAGCUUGUCCGACGACCUGGCAGGCAACUGGUGCGAAAGGAAGAUAUCAGAUUCCUGAUGAUUUUAUUAGAGUGCCCGAUGUUUUCGACGCAUGGCACAAAUGUCGAGGUCAAUUAUUAUCACGACAUUCUCGCACGUAUCCUUGGUCUGACGUCCUGUCUUUCAAAUGACUUGCAUCAUUAUGUGGUCAACUGGUUUGCAAGACUCCCGUUGUCAGUUUUUCAAAAACGGGUUGGAAUGGUCAAUCAUUUCAUAAGCUUUCGGUUAGCUCAGAAAGAGGGGAUGACAGAAAACUAUCCUUCAGACUGGGCAACGCGGUCAGCAGCCCGUGUCAUGGCUCUUCUCUCUGCGGCAAAUGGCCAUCGUGCGGAGCAGCUACCGAUGGCCGAUUUCUACAAUACUGUGGUGGAUUAUAUCAACUUGUACAGAGAUUUCCAAAUUUGGCAAGGUGAUCGCACCGGUGCGUUCGCUUUCUGUCAAUAUCCAUUUCUUGUCUCGCUUGGGGGAAAAAUGCAGAUCAUGGAAGCGGAUGCCAAACGGCAAAUGGCAGAGAGAUUCAAGGAGGCUUUCUUUCGCACAGCCCUGCACGGAUUGGUCACGGACCCAUUCUUGUCGCUCCGCAUUCGAAGAAGUGCCUUAAUAGAGGAUUCUCUAAAUCAAUUGCAGUCACGACAUUUUGAUCUGAAAAAAAAACUGCGAAUUGAGUUCGUCAACGAAGACGGAGUAGAUGCUGGCGGCCUCACUAAGGAGUGGUUUCUUCUACUGGUGCGGGAUCUGUUCGAUCCGCAAUAUGGGAUGUUUACAUUUGACGACGACAGCCAUUUGUGCUGGUUUAACCCGGCAUCGUUUGAGAAUACCGAAGAGUUUCGACUCGUAGGAACAAUCAUUGGCCUGGCGAUACAUAACUCCAACAUCUUGGAUGUUCACUUUCCACCGGCGUGCUAUAAAAAACUUCUUGGCCAUGUUUGUGGUUUGGAAGACCUGAAAAAGUUGCGACCUGCUUUGGGCAGAGGUCUUGAACAAUUACUGUCAUACGAUGGUGACGAUGUGGAGACCGUAUUCUGCCGUGACUUUGUGGCAGAAUAUGAAGCCUUCGGCGAGGUUAAGCAGGUACCGCUUGUUCCCAAUGGAGAUAGGAUACCUGUCACGAAGGACAACAAACAGGAGUUCGUCGACAGAUAUGUCAACUGGGUGCUCAAUGACUCGAUCGAGACACAGUUUACAGCCUUUAAAGCUGGCUUUGGCUACGUAUGCGGCGGAAAUGCCCUGUCGCUCUUCCGCCCAGCGGAGAUUGAACUCAUGGUGUGUGGCGGCACAGAACUUGAUAUUCACGGUCUCGAGGGUGUGACUGAAUACGAAGGUUUCACCUCAUCAGAUCGAACAGUUCGCAAUUUCUGGGACAUUGUGAAUGCGUAUCCCACCGAGAUGAAAAGAAAACUCCUGCUAUUUGUAACAGGGACCGAUCGAAUACCGGCAACAGGGAUACAGAACAUGGCUUUCAAAGUGUCCUGUCUUGGCGAGGACUCGGAAAACCUGCCAAUAUCACACACUUGCUUCAAUCAAAUAUGUCUUUAUAGAUAUUCAAACCGAGAGAAACUGGAGGAAAAGCUGUCCAAAGCUGUAGUGUGGAGCUCUGGAUUCCAUUUUAAGUGAGGAAUUCUGUCUGCACAACCAAGAUGCUUUGCACAUUAUUUAGUAUUUAUGCAAUAUGUAUUAAAGGAUGUACAAGAGACUUCCCUUGCAUAUAUGUACUUCUAGAUAAGAGUGGAUAUCAUUUUUGAUUCACUGUAACAGUGUGGUAGUAAAUAAAUUAUUAUUAUUUUUAAUAUACUAA